UGUAAAGUAACAGAAGAAGUGAAAGGGGUCUAUGAAGUUCUGUGUGUUUACAGUAUUUCAGCUUGUAUAUUCCAAUCAGUCGUCUGUUUUAGUUUCUUUAUAGUAAUGUUACUUGAAUGCGCGUAAGUGUGUUUCACAUUGCGAACUGCUGGACACUGAAAUAUGACGCUUUUAUUCAGUCAUCGCAUUUUUACAGUCUGGAGGCUGAAAUGCGGAGUGAUGGACAUUGGCUGGCCGUCUGUUUUACCUGCUGCUGGGAAGAAAUACCAGAUUGAGUUGCCAGUCGUGCAUGAAGAAGAGCUCGAGGAGCAGUUUGUUCGCGGAUCUGGACCUGGAGGACAAGCGACCAACAAAACCAGUAACUGUGUGGUGCUCAGACACAUUCCCAGCGGGAUCGUCGUCAAGUGUCACGAGACCAGAUCGGUGGAUCUGAACAGAAAGCGAGCCCGAGAGAUUUUACGCGAGAAACUUGAAGUGGCGUAUAAGGGUGAGGAGAGUGAACUGCUGAAAAUGAAAAAGGAAUCCAUGCAAAAGAAACAGGACAAGCGGAGAAAAGUCAACGAAAACAUCGAGAAGAAAAGACGAUUCAAGGAGAUGCUCAACUCAAAGCAAGAAGAUGACAAAUCCACAUGAUUUCUAAUAUCUUUUAUUAGUUAUGAACUAUGUACAGAAGCACUUCAGCAUUGUGUAUAUCAUAGGUCUUAAACUGGAUUCCUGGAGGGCCGCAGCUCUGCACAGUUUGCUCCAAUUCUAAUCAAACCCAGCUGAUCCAACUGUUCAAGGUGUUCAAGACUGUUAAGCAGGUGUGGGUUGGAGGUGGUUGGAGAUAAACUAUGCAGAUCUGCGGCUCUCCAGGAAUUGAGUUUUACACCAUUGGUGUUGAUUAUGAAACUGUGGAUGAACGCAGUGCUUGGGACAGUGUUUUAUGAACUAAACAAACUGCCAACAGAGAAAACAUUCAAGCUUGUGAAUAAAUGUGUCUUGAUGAAUUGAAAACUC